GAAAGAAAGAAAGAAAGAAAGAAAGAAAGAAAGAAAGAAAGAAAGAAAGAAAGAAAGAAAAGAAAAGAAACAAAAUCUGCAAUUGGCUGGGAAGUGCACGGGGCAGCUGAAAUCGAUCUAAACAAAAGAGAAAAAAUUGAAAGUAAACGAAACAGUGACAAGAAGUGUUUUAAUCAUGCUAUAAUUUUUGAUGGUUCUGUUUGAUAUUUUCUCCAAUCGCGAAGCUUGUUUGAUUUUUCCGAGUGCUCAGUUCGGGAAACUGGCACUUCAUCAAACAUGAAGAGGGAGAGAGUCCUGUUGAAAUUGCUUUGGCCCCAUUCAUCACGGCCGGACAGAGUCAAAAGUCGUCAGAACACGCACACCGAAAAAAAAAAACAAAAGAAAAACAAAAACAAAGAAUUUAGCAAGGGAAGGUUUGAAUUUUAAAAGCUCAAGAUUUUUUUCGAAGAGUCCUUCAGGUUUAGAUAUAGUGUUUCUAAAAGUAUUAUAAUUUCGAGUGACAUGGGGUGAAGUUGGUCAGUAAACAAAAAUUACUAAAGAACAAACAAAUAAACGAACAAACAAGCAGAAAAGAAAAAGAUCUAAAAAAACAACAGCGAACGACCAAGCAAAUUAAACAAACGAGUAAACAAAACCGAAAACAGACAAAAUUACAGAUAUCCGAUGCGUAUCAAAUUUUACCAUUUAUUUCAUGAACUAAUGAUUGCAAUGCAUCCCAUGGAAGAUCAUAGAAUCAGUGCUACUUUUUUUCUCCUUUUCUUUUUCUUUUUCUUUUUUUUUCUUUUUUUUCAGUUUCGCGUUCUUUGAUUUUUACCAUUUCGUUCAUAACUGUUUCGUGCCCCACGCGUGCGCUAUAAAUUGGGCACUCGACGAUCGCGGCGAGACACUCGCAUAAUUCUCCGCAAGUAUUUUGUCAUAUUACAUUAAACCGACAAAUCUGGGCGACAAAGUAUUGUAAACCUCUCAGGUGUUGUUUGGCGAUGUGUCGUGUUCUCUCAUUGGCAAUUAUCUAUUAUUAUCGACAAUGGAUAAUAAUUAGCAAUUAAAUGAAGCCGGCUGACGUCACGCUUUGAAAGCCUUUCCUACUUGUGUUUACAGUUUUAUGAAACAUGUGCAAUCACUUAUGGAGAAACUGCGUGGCUUAGAUUUCAUUUCUGUUCUUGGUGGAAGCUCGCAAAUAUGUCAGAGGGUGUUUUGAUGUCGUGACUUUGUCCACUGUUUCUCUGUGCGCACGAAACGGAUAAAAGCGAUGCGAAACACUGUAUUGCGCUAAAUGAAUCGCACGUGUGGUGGAGAGCAAACCCGCUUAUUGUCACAAAUGUUAUGCAGACUUAAAGCACUCUCAAAAUUGAUUUGGUGUUCUAAAUCUCUUAACCUUGCUGUUAAACCUCUUGAAAACCGCAGAAAUCCUUCCGUGGAGACGUUACGAAUCGGCGAUUAGCAACAAAGAACCCACAAAGGCUAAAAGAAAAGGUCUUCUUCGCCUCAAAGGCAGCGGCAAGGUCUGCUUCGCGCAACACAAACUGACUGUGAUUUCACCUUCAAAACGUGAUUUCUACGAUGCUGUGCGAAAGGCUGUUGUUUCCUCUUUGGUUGGCGAUUAUUUGCUGCGUCGGAGGGUGGCAAGAUUUUGGAUCUGUAAGCCGUGUUCAGCCUUACGGGAGACCCUUGAAACUCAACAGCUUGAGAGACAGUUUACCAAAUACUCAGCGUCGAGCGCGCCGGGAGUUGAGUCGACUGCGACCCCGGGGGAAGUACAGGUACAAUCUUAAGCGGAUAGCCAUUCGAGAUGCCAAGAAUAGGAAUGCCUUAUGCCUAGAUGGUUCAGAGGCUGUAUUUUACCUGAGUCGUAGGCCAGAUUCUAAGCACUGGGUUGUACAGUUGCAAGCAGGAGGGUCAUGUGGGACAUACGACUCGUGCCUAGAUAGAUCUAAAGGUCCCUUGGGCUCUUCGAAAAACUACAGUGAUUUCCUUACAGGCACAUUUGUAGCCUCUGAUGACCCAGCUGAGAAUCCUAUGUUUUCUUCAUGGAACAAAGUAUUUGUGCCAUAUUGCAGGUACAGUGAAUUAGAGAGACAGUCAGUGUAAAACGCAGACUGACAAACUCACAUGCAGACUGCAGACUUUUUGAGUGUACAUGGUGUUAUUUUCAAUAUCAAGUCCUGAUCGUAGACAGGAUUAUUCAAACUAAUAGCAGUGAAAGUUGGGUCUGCUAAAUCUGCGAGCCAGCGAGCCAUGCGAGCCACGGUGUGAGCCAUGCGAGUCAUGCGAGUCAUGCGAGUCAUGCGAGUCAUGCAAGUCAUGCGAGCCAUUUUUGCGAGUAUUUUUUUUUCAGUUGGUCUGGGAGGUCGUCGACUUUUCACCAAGAAACAUAGAUCUUGCGCCCGACUAUCACUAAACUAUCACUUUAAACCGCCCGCCCACCAUCUUGGAAGCGGAAAUGACCCUGGGGAUGAGUACAACCUCGCUCCCAGGGUACUCUCUCUUUCCCUGGGAAAUUAAUUUUAAAUUUAGCUAC